GUAGCAAACUUGGCGCCUGUCGCUCUCGGUAUUAUACAACAGUCAAAUAUCAGAGUGUUGUCUCUCGUGCGUCUGUUGACAUCACCAAAAUAGAGGAAGUUUGACGGAUAGUUUGAAAUCAAGUGACUCGCGUCGUGUGUCAUUGGCUUUAGUAGUGCAAGACGAUCUGAACGAAAAAUAAAUCGGAUCUCUACAAGAAUAAGAACAAACGCUGUUAACGCUUAUUUUGUCGUUUUUUUUAAAAAAAAAUUGUUUUGCGUUUGGCCUCGCCUAAACAAAUACACUAUCAGCGGCUGCCAUUUUUUCCCUUUGUGCUUUACUCUUCUCCAUUCACAUCAUGACUGCAGAGAAAGUACACGAUGAUAAAUGCCAACGCAGCGGCGCAAACACCAGCCCCAGCGCGAAUGACGUUCGUGAGAGCCAGUAUCGCAAGCAGCUCUCCUUCAACCACACACUAAAGGUAGUCCUGCGGAACAGCCUCUACGCCGCUAUUGGGCGAAUCCUGGUAGGCAUCGUGAAGGGUUUAGUGAAGCGCGGGCUCACAAGAGCGUUCCUUGCCCGUGUGCCAUCGGAGUUCUUUUCACUCGAUCCUUUGAAAUGGGCUGCGGUCUUUGGCGGCUUUUCUAGUUUCCGUUUCUGCUUUCAGACGCUGCAGCGCAUCCUUAACCCGCUCGGCGUCUCUGAGAAAUUUGCCGCCCUGCUGUCUGGCUGCAUCUGUGCCACCCCUGCCUACGUCAUGAACCGGGAAACGCGGACGGAGCUGUGCCUCUACCUUUUCGUGCGCAGCGCCCACACUUUCUGCUUGCGCUACGUGUUGCCUCACAUGCCCAAGUUCAUGCGAGAGUUCCGACACUACGACGUGCUGCUGAUGUGCAUGAGUUCCGCCCAGAUCUCCUACGGCUGUCUUUUCAACCCUGACACCCUGCCCAAGUCGUACCAGGGCUUCCUAGUUCGUGCCUCCACCUACCAGGAGAAGCUCAUCCGCGGCCACUCUGGCUUUGCUCGGAAGCGCCUGGUACCGGACCUGGUGGACUACUGCUGGUCGAGGAACCUGCCCAUCAUUAAGGACUUUGGUCAAACGGGCUCCGACGUCCUUUGCAAGCUGACGCACGGCAAUCACUCCUGCAACACGUGGGCGCUGCUGUUCAUUCUCCGGAAUAUGCUCGUCAUGGGGAUCCCCCUCUACGGACCGCUGCGACUCGUCACGAUGCUCGGCUUCCAGCGCAAGCGCCUCCUCUCCCACCCUGUCUCGACCAUCGCACGCAACCUCCGCUCCAUGCUGGUCAGCGCCUUCUUCUUAGCCACUUACGUCGCCGUGAUUAUCCGCUCCGCCUGCCUCGGUGUGCAGCGCCGCGGCGGAGGGGUGAAAAUGGUGACCGCGUUAUGCUCGCUGGCGGGGCUCGCGACGCUGCUGGAGCCGAAGGGCCGGCGCAUGGACCUGGCCUUGUACUGCUCCAUGUACGCGCUGCGCUCCUUCGUGCUGACGCAGAACCUGCGUGGCCGCCUGCCGUACCCGCGGCACUGGUUCGUCUGCAGCGUCUACGUGCUUUCUGUCGGGUUCAUCUUUUAUGAGUACGAGGAGGAGCCGAAGCUGCUGGAUCGGCGCGUGCGCUCCGCUCUUCGCUUGUUGCUGGGCGAGCAGGCGCCCGUCGCGUCCAAGAAAGAAACGGCGACAUCGGCGAUCACGCCGGAUGCAGAGGUGCCAGCAGAGAGUGUGAGCACUUUGAGCCGGGACAAGGAGCGACACGUCCAGAUCGCGAAUACGGUUUCUUUCUCUUCUACCCGCACCUUGCUGUAG